GUGUCCAGUCCAUCAACUAAAAAGAUGAAAUUCGCGCAUAGGUAUUCUCAUACCUUGGAAAGCGAGGGAUUUCCUCUGCACUGGGUGCGUUGUGCUAUUUCUUAUCGCCAACUCAAAAAAUGCAUCAAGCGAAUUCGUGAUGAACUCGCCGAGCUUGGUCUACCGCCGGAAAUUCUUAACCACCUUUGGCUUUCCGAAGACGUGAGGGAUAGUAUUGGUAAAUCGGACACGUCAAUUGUUGGGUUCUCCUACUCUUUCUUGAGUUGUCCUUCCGGCCUUGCUCCCAAAUUGACAUUUCUCAUUGAUCCCAACGAGUCGCACAUACCCGAAUCUUUGUCCGCCGAAACUCGCGAAUAUCUUCGUAUCCUCCUCGGCACCUCCGGUAAACAAGCCGCAUCAUCCACGAGUGAGACGUCUGUCAGCCUUGCCCAACAUGUUGUGGUGUCGUGUGGAUUGGCCAGCGGGGAAAUGGGUAAGUCCUUUGUUUCUGCCAGCGAAGCUUGCAAACCAAUUCAAGAAGUGGAGAUACCAUUACAUUCGGACUCCGAAUUUUUCCAAAUUCUCAAAGAAGAACUAUCCAUCCUCCAUGAUUUACAAGAACGAGAGCGAAAGGAAUUGGACAGUCAAGUGAAACAUUUACGUGACAGCCUCGUUGAGACGAUAAGUUCCCAUUUAAGUUGGUCAAGGCCUACUCUCUCCACCUGGCGCGAAAUAUUUCGGCUGUACAUAGAUUCUCAAGUAUUUUUCUCUACCGAUGAGCUCGAUUCAGGUGAAAGAACAUCCACGGUGGCCCACCAACAGUUGGUGAAAUUCCAAAGCUCUUUAUCAGAAAACAACCGGUAUAAAAAACUUGGAAAAAACGGUCGGGUUGUUCUUGAAUCGUUUUUAAAGAUUAAUUUCGUCCUCCUGCAAAGCUUGAAGUUUCAGGAGAUCAAUCGGAUAGCACUUCGGAAGAUCCUCAAGAAAUUUGACAAGCGAACAGCUCUUCGCGCUUAUCCAGCAAUUCCGCUAUUGGAGCCCCUCCUGGCUCGCAAUGUCGCAAAGAUUCUUUGUCAGACUAUCUCUCAGGAGCUUCUGAGUAUUGUCCCCCAGAUCACUGAUUACCUUUGUCCAAUAUGCUUGAGCAUAUCCUUCAAGCCUGUUAGACUGCGCUGUAACCAUGUUUUCUGUAUCCGCUGUCUUGUGAUCAUGCAACGAGCACAGCAGAACCAAUGUGCCUUAUGUCGCAGAGAAGUUGUCAUGGAAGCCACAAGUGACAAUCUGGACCAGGAGCUUCUUGCAUUUCUGAGUACUGUUUUCCCAAAAGAAACCAGGAUCAAACAAAAGGAAAAUGAAAGAGCUGCAAGGAUGGAUCUUUAUGGCAACACGUAUGAUGCCUGCACCGUCAUGUAACUCUUGUUGGCCUCUUUAUUUUGUACUCUUUUACUUUUUAUUUUUAUUUUUAUUUAUUUUUUUUUUUCCCCCAGACGGGCCAAAUAGCUGUCUGUAUCUAUUCAUAGCCAUGGAGCAUGAUUGAUU